UUCAUUAGAGAAACAAAGAUAGGAAUACAUUCUCUUCUCUCUGUUAAAAUUUGACAGAAACUCCUUGUACGGGCAAAUUGAAACCGCAGCAAUGAGAACAACCUUAUUUAAGAAAAUCUAACUGAUUUAAUGUACAUUACCAACUAACUCGUAAAAUUUAGUGGAACUUUAACGAAAUGCUUCUUUAUUUGAAUCUGACUUGAAAUGCUUUCUCAUCUGAGUCUGAUUUACUGACUUCUCUACUGUUAUUUGUCUCCUUCCCACGCGUUUCAAAUGUGUGAUAGUUGUCUGUAACCUGUAACUCCACCGAAGUUUUUGAUCCGAGAAUGGAGACUGUUUUGCAACAAAAAGUGUUAGAGGCGACGCAGAGCGUCGAGAAGCAAAUCGACGCUGAAUUGGAGAAAUUGGAUAAUCUGGACAUCAGCGAUUUCGAAAAGCUCCGCGAGCAACGAUAUAAGAAAUUGAAACAGCUUCAACAGCAAAAACAAAACUGGCUGGUUCUGGGUCAUGGCGAGUACAUCGAGCUCCGGGACGAGAAGGAGUUCUUCGACGUCUCCAAGAAGUCUGAGAAUGUAGUCUGUUUAUUUUACAAAGACGAUUCUCCGAGGUGUAAAAUAGUCGAUCACCAUUUGAAGAUCCUUGCCAAGAAACACUUAGAGGCAAUGUUUUGUAAAGUAGAUGCCACUAGAUGCCCGUUUUUAACUGAACGUUUGAGGAUCAAAAUCAUUCCGACCAUCGCUCUCAUCGUUGGUUGCAAGACUAAAGACUACAUCGUCGGUUUCACCGAUUUGGGGAAUCGCGACGAUUUUUCUACAGAGACUUUAGAGUACAGACUAUCAUUUUCGGGUGUAAUCACGUUCGACGAGAGUUCUCUGUCAGAGGAAAGCAGGAAGCCGUUUUUAUCGUACAUCGCGAAAAGUAAAACUAUCAAAGGGCCCAAAGAUUCGCGUUCCGACGACUCGGACGAUGAUUAAAUAACAACUUGAAUCUUUAAUCAUUUAUUCUAUACGUUUUUACUAAAAUAAUAGCUUUGCUAAUAAAAUUUUCGAUUGUAAUUCGCUUGAUUCCAAAUCCACACACGUUCCAUUAUUGUUUAUUAAUUCAAUUAUAAUAGUUCAUGAAAGAAUAAUUUGUUAUCUGAUAGAUUAUUGCUUAAUUAAAUUUUUGUAUUCUAAAUGAAAUUCAGGAUUUAGCUGAAACUAUGUACAUUUUAGAAUAAUAAAUUUUUCACUGUCUCAAGCUUUGACAUUAUGCACAAGCUGUGUAAGGUAAAGGAAGUAGUACUGGGACAAAAUGAAUUUUGGAACCAGUACUU